AUGUCACCAUUGUUCAGCUGGGUGGCCAAGGUGCCUGAGAUCCUCAAUUCCAUCCAGCAGGCCCGCUGGGAGGAGCUGCAUUGCCUGACGGAGUUCGAUGACAUUUUGGCCAGGAAGUUCGAGGUGCUGUUCUGGGGCCACAGGCUUCAGUCUGUGCUGCAGCCGCUGGGGGAUGCUGAGCAGGCCCUCAGCCGGCGCUCUAGUCCUUCUCAAAGCCUUGGCUGCGGCUCCUUGGCCUUCAGAGAGGAGUUUCAGGAUGCAGGCUUGCGGAGUAGUAGUUUCUUCAGCUCUUUUGAGGAAAGCGACAUCCAGAACCACCUGAUUAGUGGACUCAAUAUUGUGGAAGCUUGA